GGCACCUAUUUUUUCUAACAUCCAACAUUUCUGGUCCAUGGGCCAAUGGAACCGCCUGCGGAAGGUUAAGGACGAAAUUGCCCGCUCGUGGCUCAAUUCCACUAAUAUGAGAGAUUAGUAGUGCUGUAUAAUUUCCUAAUUUGCUCAGUUGCUUUUCCCGAAACGGCAUAGGUGUAUGGAACCAAAUUCAAUGAGGGGCCUACCAGCCUCGUGGUGCGACAACCAGGCCCUCAUGGGAGGCACUCGUGACGCAAUAAACUGCUAACAGGAAAGAGGCCGCGUGUGCGCACCAAUUCCGCGAAAAUUCUUCGGCAGUCUUCUAAAGUGGUGGGCAAAAAUCUUUCACCUCCAACUUACUUCUUUUCUUAACAGUAAUUCAAAUAUGUCCAAGGUUUUCUUCGAUAUCUCCGCCAACGGUGCCAAAUUGGGUAGAGUCACCUUCAAGUUGUACAACGAUGUUGUGCCAAAGACCACCGAAAACUUCAGAGCCUUGUGCACUGGUGAAAAGGGUUUCGGAUACGCCAACUCUGCUUUCCACAGAGUCAUUCCUCAAUUCAUGUUGCAAGGAGGUGAUUUCACCAGAGGUAACGGUACCGGAGGUAAGUCCAUCUACGGAGAAAAGUUUGCCGAUGAAAACUUUGCCAAGAAGCACGAAAAGCCUGGUUUGUUAUCCAUGGCCAACGCUGGUCCUAACACCAACGGAUCUCAAUUCUUCAUCACCACUGUUGCCUGCCCAUGGUUGGACGGAAAGCACGUUGUUUUCGGAGAAGUUGUCGACGGAUACGACGUUGUAAAGCAGGUUGAAUCCUACGGUUCCAGCACUGGUGCCACCAGAGCCAAGAUUGUUAUCGAGGCUUCCGGUGAGCUCUAAGUAGUGGGCCUGGUACUGCCGUGGGUCUUAUAUAGAGCAAGUUUUGGUUUAUAUUGAGUAUACAAGCAGUGGUUUGAGUAUAGUUUUAUUGACUUUAACCAGUGGUAUAUGAGAAAUUUCACAACUUGGCAGUGAUAAUUCCCUUAAUCCCACUGUUCUCCAUUCCCUGGUCAUCCUUCUUCAAGUACGCCACCACGCCCUUGGAGAUCACCAUCGCAAACCGUUCACUCCGGUAACCCAUCCCAAACUUGGACUUGUCAGACCCCAAUUUGUGAGAUGCCGUGAACUGUCCAUUGGGAUCAGAUGCAAAGUACACAUUUCUUUCAACGUUGUAUUUGUUGACAAGAAGUUUCCCCCACGCGUUCAAAGUGAAUGCGUCGUUCACCGAGUACACCACGACGUUCUUAAUUCCUAGGGCAUCGAGUUUAUCAAAGUUGGUUAAAAUCUCAGGGAGGUGCUGUUCAGUGCAGAGAGGCGAAAACGCCGCCGGCACCGAAACUACGAGGAGAUUUCCGUCGGCAAUGAGCUUAUCAAACGAGAGCUUCAAUGGCCGUGAGCACGCGAGGGCGUCCUCGCCCUUUGACACGGGGAUAUAGAGGAAUUCGAUUCCUGAGGGAAAUUUAUCACCUUGUUGCAUAUGAGAAGUGGUUAGCCGGAAAAACCCGAAGUAUACUUUUUGAGGGUUAGGCUACUAUACCAAUGAAAGAUCCGGGUCAGUUACCUAAUAACUGGUCUGGGUUUAUCAAUAAAUGCACUGUCUCCACAAUUGAAAGCUUGUAGUCAGUAGCGAACUGUGAUAUUUUUCCCGCGCUGCGAAGUUAAAUAAAUCCCCAUAAUCAAAUCAACCCCA